AUGACGGGGCGCGCCCGAGCCCGAGCGCGGGGACGGGCCCGCGGCCAGGAGAUCGCGCAGCACGUGGGCGCCGCCGCGAGCCAGCAGCCGGGGUUCGGCCAGCCGCGACCCCCGCAGCCCCUGUCGGACGCGGACCUGGUCGGCCGAGGGCGGCAGAGAGGACCCGUGGGAGCAGCAGCCAAGUCCCAAGAGCUCCAGAUUUCCGCGGGGUUUCAGGAGUUGUCCUUAGCCGAGCGAGGAGGUCGCCGCCGAGACUUCCAUGAUCUCGGCGUGAACACCAGGCAGAACCUGGACCACGUGAAGGAGUCCAAGACGGGCUCCUCGGGCAUCAUCGUGAGGCUGAGCACCAACCACUUCCGGCUGACGUCGCGGCCGCAGUGGGCGCUGUACCAGUACCACAUCGACUACAGCCCGCUGAUGGAGGCCCGCCGGCUGCGCUCGGCCCUGCUCUUCCAGCACGAGGACCUGAUCGGGCGCUGCCACGCCUUCGACGGGACGAUCCUGUUCCUGCCCAAGAGGCUGCAGCACAAGGUGACCGAGGUGUUCAGCCAGACCCGGAACGGGGAGCACGUGAAGAUCACCAUCACGCUGACCAACGAGCUCCCGCCCACCUCGCCCACCUGCCUGCAGUUCUACAACAUCAUCUUCCGCAGGCUUUUGAAGAUCAUGAAUUUGCAACAGAUUGGACGGAAUUAUUACAACCCAAGCGACCCGAUUGACAUCCCAAACCACAGGUUGGUGAUCUGGCCGGGCUUCACGACCUCCAUCCUGCAGUACGAGCACAACAUCAUGCUGUGCACGGACGUCAGCCACAAGGUGCUGCGCAGCGAGACGGUGCUGGACUUCAUGUUCAGCCUCUACCAGCAGACGGAGGAGCACCGCUUCCAGGAGCAGGUGUCCAAGGAGCUCGUCGGCCUCAUCGUGCUCACCAAGUACAACAACAAGACCUACCGCGUGGACGACAUCGACUGGGACCAGAACCCCAACAGCACCUUCAAGAAGGCGGACGGCUCCGAGGUCAGCUUCCUGGAGUACUACCGCAAGCAAUACAACCAGGAGAUCACGGACCUGAAGCAGCCGGUGCUGGUCAGCCAGCCCAAGAGGAGGCGGGGCCCGGGCGGCGUGCUCCCCGGCCCGGCCAUGCUCAUCCCCGAGCUGUGCUACCUCACAGGUCUGACGGACAAAAUGCGGAACGACUUCAACGUGAUGAAGGACCUGGCCGUGCACACGAGGCUGACGCCCGAGCAGCGGCAGCGCGAGGUGGGCCGGCUCAUCGACUACAUCCACAAGGACGACAACGUGCAGCGGGAGCUGCGGGACUGGGGCCUGAGCUUCGACUCGAACCUGCUGUCCUUCUCGGGCCGCGUCCUGCAGGCCGAGAAGAUCCACCAGGGCGGGAAGACGUUCGAGUACAACCCGCAGUUCGCGGACUGGUCCAAGGAGACGAGGGGCGCGCCGCUGAUCAGCGUGAAGCCGCUGGACAACUGGCUGCUGGUCUACACGCGCAGGAACUACGAGGCGGCCAACUCGCUGGUCCAGAACCUGUUCAAGGUCACCCCGGCCAUGGGCAUCCAGAUGAAGAAGGCGGUCAUGAUCGAAGUGGACGACAGGACAGAGGCCUACCUGCGGGUCCUGCAGCAGAAGGUCACCUCCGACACCCAGAUAGUGGUCUGCCUGCUGUCGAGCAACCGGAAGGACAAGUACGACGCCAUCAAGAAGUACCUGUGCACCGACUGCCCGACGCCCAGCCAGUGCGUGGUGGCCCGGACGCUGGGCAAGCAGCAGACGGUGAUGGCCAUCGCCACCAAGAUCGCCCUGCAGAUGAACUGCAAGAUGGGGGGCGAGCUGUGGAGGGUGGACAUGCCCCUGAAGCUGGUGAUGAUCGUGGGCAUCGACUGCUACCACGACACCACGGCCGGGCGGCGCUCCAUCGCCGGCUUCGUGGCCAGCAUCAACGAGGGCAUGACCCGCUGGUUCUCGCGCUGUGUGUUCCAAGACCGAGGCCAGGAGCUGGUGGACGGGCUCAAGGUCUGCCUGCAAGCCGCGCUGCGGGCCUGGAACACGUGCAACGAGUACAUGCCCAGCCGCAUCAUCGUGUACCGUGACGGCGUGGGCGACGGGCAGCUGAAGACGCUGGUCAACUACGAGGUGCCGCAGUUCCUGGACUGCCUCAAGUCCGUGGGCCGCGGCUACAACCCCAGGCUGACGGUGAUCGUGGUGAAGAAGCGCGUGAACGCCCGGUUCUUCGCGCAGUCCGGGGGCCGCCUGCAGAACCCGCUCCCGGGCACCGUCAUCGACGUGGAGGUCACCCGCCCCGAGUGGUACGACUUCUUCAUCGUGAGCCAGGCGGUGCGCAGUGGCAGCGUGUCCCCCACCCACUACAACGUCAUCUACGACAGCAGCGGCCUGAAGCCCGACCACAUCCAGAGGCUCACCUACAAGCUGUGCCACGUCUACUACAACUGGCCCGGCGUCAUCCGCGUCCCCGCGCCCUGCCAGUACGCGCACAAGCUGGCCUUCCUCGUGGGCCAGAGCAUCCACCGCGAGCCCAACCUGUCGCUGUCCAACCGCCUGUACUACCUCUAGCCGAGCGGCUCGCCCACGCAGCCGGGGCUCCGCUCCCCGGUCAGCCGGCUCGUCCUGGUGGGACUUGGGAGGGGACUAGCGUCUAGAGACUUAAUCCAGCAUCACUACCAACCGACGUAUUUUUAGGUAAAAAUUAGUGUUUUUUAGUCCUCACCCAAGGACAUGUUUUUAUUGAUUUUUUUUUUCUAGAGAGAGGAGGGGGGAGAGAGAGAGAUAUCAAUUGGUUGCCUCCUGCACGCGCCCCUUCCAGGGAUCGAACCCGCAACUUUUUGGUGCACAGGACCAGGGGACCAGGCUCAGCCAGCUGAGCCACCCCAGGGCUAGGUUUUAGAUUUAAGUUGUUUCCUCUCCUCUGUUGGGAGGGUUUCUGUUUGUUUUGAGAGAAAUACAGUACUUUGUGUCAUAAACAGACUCUUAAAUGUUGGGAAGGGAAGGAGGAGAGGUGGGGGGGGAGCCCAGGGGGCGGCAGGCAGGCAGGCUGGGCACCUCUCGCCCAGGCAGGGGGGGCCGGACAGCAGGCCUGCUUUUCCGCUGGGGCUGAGCGCUGUGGGUUAGAAAAAGAUGGGGGAGCCCUGGCCAGUGUUGCUCAGUGGGUAGAGCAGCCUGCAGACUGAAGGGUCCCGGGUUCGAUUCCCAGUCAGGGCACAGGCCCAGGUUGCAGGCUUGAUCCCCAGUAGGGGGCGUGCAGGAGGCGGCUGAUCUAUGAUUCUCUCUCAUCAUUGAUGUUUCCAUCUCUCUCCCUCUCCCUUCCUCUCUGAAAUCAAACAUACAAAAUAAAAAAAUUUAAAAAAAUUUUUUUAAUUAAAAAAAAAGAUAGUUGAGAAGUUUUAAGUUUCUGUUCAGAGAAACGUUGGAGGAAUCUGAGCAGAGCCCGUCAGGGCGGGCGUCCCCGUGUUCACCUGU